AUGGCGGUUCUCAGCGCCUGUCAGGAGUCUCGCGCAGUGGCACUAAAAAGGUUCCAACCUCUUCAAUGCUCCACCACCGACAAGGCAAAGACAUUGUAUUGUGAUCCGCAGAGCGAUAUUCUAUGGGUUGACGACUUUGCUCACGCUGGCUGCAAAUGGUGUGCUGAUAAAACCUGGCAUCAACAUAUAGAGCACCUCCACGACUUGCCCAUGGCCUCGUGUAUCAGACACAUCGCCACCUGGUCCCCUCCAUCCGAUCCCAGGACCUUCUUUAGCAGCCUACAACUACUGCAGGAGAUCUUCAUCCACACCUUUGACCCGAACUCACGCAAGCAUGCUUCUCGUGCUCCAAUUCUUCGUUUGGUCAAAGAAGGGCUCCCGCUCGGUUACUUACCAGAGUCUGGAGGAAGGCGUUUGCAUGGACUGCUCACUGAAAAGUCUGACCAAGUAGUCGAUAUCAAUGUAUCUCGGGCCUGGCUUGAGAGCGAUGGCGAGUCUGUUACAAUUGAGUCGUAG